AUGCGACAACAUAGUGUAUAUCGAUACCUAACAUUUAUGUCUCUUGCGGACACGAUUGUUUUAUAUAUUGGCUUAUUACGUGAAUUACUCUUAUCGUCAAGUUUUCAUAUCCAUAUUCAUGGAACCAUUUUAUGUAAAUUACAUGUUUUCUUUUUCUAUAAUACUCUUCAUUUAUCAUCUUGGUUUCGAUGUUGCUUAAAUUUAGAUCGUUAUAUUGCUGUUAAAUUUCCUAUCUACACAUCGAAAUGGUGUCGUACCCGACAAGCAACAAUUAAUUCAACCAUUGUAUUUACAAUUUUAUUUUUAGCUAAUGUUCAUUUAUUAAUAUUUGUUCAAAAUGGUGAUCAUAAUAAUAAUGAUAAUCAUCAUUCUUUGAGUGCUAAUCGAUCAACCGUUAAUCCAUUCCAAUAUCAACAAUGUUAUCUACAUGAAGAUUAUGUAUAUUUUUUUGAACAUAUCUAUACAUGGAUUGAUAUGUUUCUUGUAACAAUAAUCCCAUUUUUAUUUAUUACUUUAUGUAAUUUAACUGUUAUCAACCGGGUUUUUCUUGUAUCAGGUUCAGGUAAAAAGACUGAUUUAGUUAGCCGUUCAAAAGCAACAAAUCGUUUACGUUCACUUUGUCUUAUGAUGAUAUGCUCAUCGUUCGUAUUCGUUGCCACAACAUUACCAGUCACAGCAUUUAUUAUCGAUUUAUUAUCAAAUAAAUCAUCUAUUGAUGUAAUGCGUUGUCGAAGAAUACAAUGGACCAUUUAUAAUAUAUUGAUGUAUUUUAAUUACGCAAGUAUUCUAAGUUAUUGUUUAUCUGGCACAGAAUUCCGACAUGUUUUAAUGAACACCAUACGUAUGAAAAGUAAACCAAGUUUUGCUUCAAUAUUUCAAACAGAUAUGAUGAACGCUGUUAAUCUACGUCGAACAUCAACACCUCAACAAUCAAAUAGAGUUGCUGUUGAUUCUGAAGACAAACCACGAUGUCGUUCAUUAUCUGUUGUUGUUUUACCAUCAAUGAAAUUAAAUAAAAAUCAUACUGUUUCAAAAACAAAUCAUAAUAAUAAUACAAAAUAUCUAGAUAUUCAACGAGUAAACUGUCGUGCUAACGAUAAACAUUCAUGGUCAAGUCAAACAAAUUGUGGUGCCCUAACAUUAUCAUCGACAAUUCAUAAUUCACGAGAAAUGGGAAGACGAUCAAGCUAUUUAUUAAAUAAUCAAGGCGAUGAUGAAAAUCAAAAUGUAAAAUAA